UAAUUACGCAUUCCUCUGAGCCAAAUCAUGAGUCCAUGUAAACACACACAUUACUCAUUUCAGUGACCCUCUGAGCAGCUGAGUGACAGACUGGGUGUAAAGAAGUGGCAGCAGUGGAUUAUGAUCAGACUUCAAGCAAACUGAAAACAUGGCUGUGUGUAACUCUACACUGUGCUCUACUUUAUUCCUACUGUGGAUAUGGGUGUGGGAAGCUGGCUGUGACACACAAUAUGAAGCAGAGGAGGUUGAGCUCUUCCAUUCUGACAAACAGCCACAACUGGGAUGGACAUCUGAACCAACAUCCCAAUGGGCUGAAAGCCGGCUUCCAGUGGCUACACAGAGUCCAGUUCCAGUGCUUCAAGCUUGUAAAAAUGGCAAAAAGAGAAGUAUCAUAAGUCAGUGGAUGCAGCGUCAAGACGCCCACUAUCUACUAAUGGAUGUUACAUUUACCCAAGAAGUGGAGCUCUCUGGUCAGCUGAGCCCACUACAGGUUCACCUUUUUGACUCAGACUUACCCAUCCGAAGAUUUCUUGAUGGAUGGAAUGUCCUAGACCUGCAGACGCCCCGGCCCUUUCCUUCCACAGCCUCUGGACGUGAAAUGUUCAGUUACAUGAACCACAGUCUGGCUCUGAGCCUGGGCUCUGUCAGGCACCGUGGCUUCCAGCUUGCCUUCUCCUACUCAGGAAUGUGUGUGCUGAUAACAUCCAUCAGGCUGUACUACAGGAGGUGUCCUGACAUUGUGGAUCACCUGGCCUUGUUUAAAGGGACAGGAGCUGGGUCAGAGCUGCUGAUAGGUUCCUGCGUGAACGGAGCUGUGGAGGUUUCUCCGCCUGCUAGAAAGUGUACUGUGGAUGGAGUAUGGGGUCCGCUGGAGGGGGGAUGUACCUGUGAACCUGGACAUCAAGUCAUGAAUGACACCUGUCAAGCUUGUAGGAUGGGUUACUACAAACCAGCCAAUGAGAGCAAAGGAUGCCGGCUAUGCCCACCGAAUAGCAGGACACACAGCGAGGGAGCAGAGAGGUGUGACUGUCUACAGGGUUACAACCGCCUACCAACUGACCCUGAUGAGCUAGGUUGCACCAAGCCUCCCUCCGCCCCUGUGAAUCUAACAGCACAUCAUCAGAAUGACUCUGGGCUGACAGUGACGUGGGAUCCUCCUCAUGACUGGGGAGGGAGACAGGAAGUGAAGUAUCACAUCAUGUGUGUGAGGAAAGCAGAGGCUGGCAGUCAGUGGGAGGCAUGCGGGGACAAUGUGAUUGUUCUGCAAGGAGGGCUGACCAGCACGUCAGCCAGCAUCACAGGAAUGAACCCGCAAUACGACUAUAGACUGUCAGUGCAAGCCCAGAAUGAUAUAUCCAUCCUGCAGGGGGCGCCACUGUCAUCCACUGCGACAGUUACUAUUCAUAGAUGGAAAGUUCCUCCGGUGGUGAUCACUGUGACCCCACACUCCAACAUCUCCACAGAGAAUGAAAUAACUCCUCAGCGCCAAAGUCGCUCCUCCAUCUGGGUGACAGUUGGGGUUUUAUUCGCUGUCCUGCUGCUCUUGGCUGUGGUUCCCAUUUAUGUGUGUGCUAAGCGUCGCAAAUACACCACACUCAGCCCUGAGCGGGAAGUCGAACUUUUACCAAUGAAUGUUGGAGUUUCCUACCGACGUCCGCAGCAGGUGGAGGCUGCACCUCAACAGGCUGACAUGGUGGAAGGUGUGGCUCAGUUGCUGGAGGGGCUCAGUGGCAGGCUGCUGUCCAGUUUGAAGGAUGUACUGGUGGAGAGAAACAAGCUCACACUGGGCAAGGAGCUGGGCAGAGGGGAGUUUGGCUCAGUCUAUGAAGGGGUCUACACCCCAGACGGUGUGGACAUGAAGGUGGCUGUGAAGACCAUGAGAGUUGGAAUCCACAGCCAGCAAGACCUACAUGAGUUUUUGAGAGAGGCAGAAAUCAUGCAGAACUUUGAUCAUGAAAAUGUGGUCAGACUACUCGGGGUCACUUUACAGAGGGAGCAGGACUCUUCUCUGCCUGUUCCUCUGGUCAUCCUGCCCUACAUGAAACAUGGAGACCUGCGCCGCUUCCUCAUUGACACACGCUAUGGUGAUGUUCCCAUGUUUGUGCCGCAUCAGAGCCUCCUGCGCUUCAUGAUUGAUAUUGCAGCAGGGAUGGACUAUCUGAGCUCACAGCGGUUCCUGCAUAGAGACCUGGCUGCACGCAACUGCAUGCUGGGUGAUGACCUCAGGGUGUGUGUGGCUGACUUCGGCCUAUCCAAGAAAAUCUACAGCAGCAGUUAUUAUCGUCAGACAGUGGUUGUUCGUCUUCCAGUCAAAUGGAUGUCCAUAGAGAGUCUGUCCGAGUCUGUCUACACUACCAAGAGUGACGUGUGGUCAUUCGGGGUGACCAUGUGGGAGAUUGUGUCCCGGGGAAGGACCCCCUAUCCUGGAGUUCACAACCACGAGGUGCUGGACCUGCUGCUGUUGGGACACAGGCUCAAACCACCUGAGGACUGUGACCACAAACUUUAUGAAGUGAUGCAGAGCUGCUGGGUUAAGGAGCCAGCCCACAGGCCUUGCUUCAGGGAACUGGGUGAAAUGCUGAAAGGUUUACUGUCGGAGCUUCCGGCGCUGGAGGCCAGCCAGGAGGCCAGCUACAUCAACCAGGUCCUGGAGGUUUCUGCUGCUGUGGCUGCCUCUCAGGAUCCACAAACAAACUCUGGGGGAAGACUGGAAAAUGUCUACCUGCCUACUCCUGUGGGUGCUGCUCCAGCCAGAGAUGAUGAUUUUGAAGAAGAGGAAGGGUACCUUAAGUUUACUACUGACUCAACAACUAAGGGGGAUGAUAAUCAUUAAAAAAAAGAAUAUCUGUAUGGGGUUUUACAAAAUGUAAUUCCAUAUUAAAGAACUGUGUGUGAGAGGGUGAGAUAGAGAUAUUGUGUAACAUCCUCAGGCAGACAGAAACUAAAACCUUUUACUGUAUUUUGCACUUUUACAAAUGUAUAUCUGUAUUGUGUAUCUCUUACUAGAAAAUGUCUCUUACUGGUAAGAGGGAUGACCAUGGCUCAGUGGCAGAGUGGGUCGUCCAAUAACCCCAUGGGUGGCAGUUGGCGGAAUUAUUCAAAUAAAAAUACUAAUAAGUUUGUGAGGUCAAAACUAUGAGAUAUUAAGUAAAAAUGAUCAAACUGAAGUAAAACAUAGUGAGAUUAAAUCUAGAUUUUGUCUUUUUAUGUCAGAAUUAUUAGGAUUAUGAGGGCAGUCAAAAUCAUAACUCAAAGCUGUCACCAUGUCAUAAUUUAAUCUAUUUAAAUGAUCCACAAUUUACGACGGAGUAUUAGGGCCACAUUUAAAACAUUUUUUUUUGGAAAUAAUUACGAGAAUAAAGUCGUUAUUAAAUAUGGCAAGAAUGAAUUGCAAGAUUAAAGUCGUUAUUAAAUAUGGCGACUCGCCAUAUUUAAUAACGACUUUAAUCCCGUAACUCGUAUCUCGAAACAAUUUCCCUACGGGGAUUAAUAAAGUUCUUCUGAUUCUGACUUCUGAUUCUGACUUUAAUCUCGUAAUUAAUUCCCAAAUUUUUUUUUUUAUUUAAGUCGUACCGUCGUAACAAUUUGACUUACUAUCUCAUAAUUAUGACUCAGGAUCUCAUAAUAGUAAUGUUAAUUUUGACACAGGCAUUUAUUAUGUUUUUCUUUUCUUUUUCUCUGGCAGAAAUACACAUACACAUGGAAUUUUAUUUGCACUAUAGAGUAUGUUAUUGCUGACUUCCAGGGUUUGAUCUGUGACAGUAUUACUUAUUAUAUUACCCUCGUAUUUGGAUCAUGACAAUAUUCUAAGAGGCUGUGUUACAGAUGUAAGAUUUAGACUGCAGAAGUAUACAUAUUCAAUGAAUUAAUUCAUUGAUGGAAAACAGAAUAAAUUACUUUUUUAUUAUGUU